UCUUACCGCUGAAAAUUGAAUCCCCGAUUAGGAAUCCUAAAAUGCGCGCACUAUGUGUAAAGCUGAGGCAAUUGGUGGGCUGAAAACAUAGAAAUUGAGCUUAGUAUGUGCGGCUGCGGCUGCGGCUUGCAACGAGAGAGAAGGUGAUGAAGAAUGGGGGAAGCUAUUCGUAGAAUACUGGGAAGAUGGUCCAGUGGAAAGCGGUACUCCCUCUGCUCAUCUUCUAUUUACUCGUGUUUUACGAAGAAAGGGCUUCCACUCCGUCAUGCGUUGUAGUCCCUCAGGGAGGUGUCCAGGAAGCCGUGGGAGACGAUCCUGAGGAUUUGAAGGUUAUGGUGGUUGCCAAUCUGCUCUUGCUGGGAUCCAAAGCUGGCUAUCUCAAUCUCUUUUUCAGAGAUUUCUACUUGUCCAAGUUCUUUAAGAAAUCUUUUGCAAGUUUGAAACCCGAUAUGCUGCUAGUCUUGGGAGAUAUUUCUGCAGAAGGGUCAGACUUGACGAGAAGUGAAUGGAUACCUGUGCUUCAUCAAUUUCGCAGGAUGUUGGGCCCCUUCCUUGCUCUUCCAUUUUAUGUCAUUCUUGGAGAUAGGGAUGUUGGUGAAUGCAACCAGCUGAAUGCAAAAUCUGUUUAUUGGGUAGCUAAAAAUUUUCCAGGAUUGGAUUCAGCAGGUUGUGGCGCUUUUGAAGUGAGUAAUAUCAGUUUUGUCUCACUCAAUGCUGUGGCAUUGCUUUGUGGCAACAAUGGUUUACGUUUUAGUGUUGAGAAGGUGAUUGAAAGGGAAAGCAUAGAUCUGCAAAUGGACAUUGAAGGCACAACUGAAGAGUUAAAUGAGCUAAAAAAGUUUGGAGAGACUUCCCAUAACUUGGAAUGGAGAGAAAAUGCUAUGUCAUCUGGAUCUGGUCCUGUCCUAUUACUUCACUUUCCAUUGCACCACACAAGCAACUGCAGUGGGGAUGGUGUUCCUACCCGAAGCUAUAAUUCAUUGUUUGAGAGGACAGAAAUACCAGGGAGUAGGCAGCUUGUUGGGACUGGACCAUAUGAGUUACUGCAUACUCUCCCACCAAAUGCUACUGAAUACAUAUUUCAAGCUCUCAGACCAAGGAUAGUAUUUAGUGCUCACAGUCACCGAUUUUGUGAUCGUACCCACCCAGAUGGAACUCGUGAGGUAACUGUUCCAGCCAUGACAUGGAAUGCAGGGGAUGACCCUGGAUUUGUUGUUGCUACUUUCAGAAAGAAUAGAGGAGCAGUAAUCAUCAGUCAUUGCUCUCUUGCUAGGGAAUCUCAUAUACUAAUUGCUUAUAUUUCUCUACUGAUUCUGUUUAUGUCAAUGAUAUUUGUAGCAAAGCAAACACAGCAUAUCUGAGAAGUUUAAUGCAAUGGUGGUAUAAUCUCUCCUACACCAUAUAUAUAUACUGUAAUACAUUUCAUCAUUUUUUUUUAUGCCAAUGAUAAAGUUCUUACUGUUCA